AUGAGGACCGAUGAUGGAAGAGUUACGGGAGGAGAGCCGAUGAUGGUGGAGCUAUUCUCUUCGCAAGGAUCCGCUACUUCGCCGGUGGCAGAGAUUUUGUUCUCGAGAAUUGGAAGCAGAGACUUCAAUCUGGAGGGUGGUCGUCGAAGAUCGACUCGGACUGAUUUCAUCAGCGAAAUGUCCGAUGAUGUUCUUCUAAUCAUCAUGUCGUUUUUGCCCAUCAAGGAUGCCGUGGUGACAAACAGUCUCUCCACGAGAUGGAGGGCUUUAUGGUUUCACUUGAUGUCAUUAAACUUUGAAGACAUUGCGUCGUUGGCCAACAUAACCAAAAACAGGAAUCUAUUAGGUCCGGAACGGAUUAAGUUCAUCAAGCAGGUGAACUGUGUCCUACGUAGUUACAACCACGAGAUAGUUCAAGACUUCCGUAUUCGUUACGAUUUGGACGGGAGUUUCAAGCCCGAUAUUGAUGGAUGGCUUCGGUUUGCGGUCCACAUGAGUGUUGAGAAUCUCGAACUGGAUUUAACGGACUGCAAUCAGAAGCUUCGCGACGCUCAUGAAUGCUAUGAUUUCCCAAUUCGUUUAUCGCAUAGAAGCAUCGGACACCUCUACAAAUGGCCGACAUCAAAAUUCACAAUCAUCGAGAUCCCAAGUCUUAAAAAACUCUUCUUGAAGAGUGUUAACAUGAAUAAGGCAACCCUUCAGCAAAUUCUUGCAAAUUCUCCGUGUCUUGAAACGCUAUCGUUGCAUGGCACUGGUCGCUUGUGGUACAUUCAUGUCGGUAGGCGAGGUCUUCAAUUGAAACACCUCGAGAUCGUGCAUUGUCCUGCAGUCAGAUUCAUUUACUUAAAUGAUUUCAAUCUUGUUUCCUUCACCUACAAGGGUCCAGCAAUUGAAUUAGUUCUUUUCAAUCUUCCGAAACUUAAAGUACUCGAUAUAGGUGAAGGAGUUACCGGUUUGGAAAAUAAAGUGUUCCGCCAGAUUGGACCUUGCCUCUCGUAUCUUCAGGUUCUUUCCUUGGACAUACACGAUCCGAAGGAAAGUUUAAAGCUUGCCACCGUUCCUGAACUACCAAUGAUCAAGAAACUGAAACUCACAAUUGGAGCCCAAAAAGAUGACUGUUUGCUAGAGUUUACUUCCAUAGCUGAAGCCUGUCCCCUUUUGGAGGUUUUUGCAAUUGAGCUACAUUGGUUGUCACCGAUAAGAAGAAGAAGGAAAGUAACGAAUGUUGCUGAUCACCCCCAUGAACACCUGAAGCGGUUCGAAUUUGUGGGCUAUUACGGUCGAAUUAGCGACCUUGAGCUUGUUAUGUAUGUCGUGUACAAUGCAGUGGCACUCCAGAAAAUCUUGCUAGAUCCUCGUGGCUCGACUAGGAGUGGAACUACAACUACUGAAGCCUCCGUGAAAGCCGUGGAAGUGGCUCGAUCUUUUGCCUCGCGGCAGCUCGAGAAAUCGAUGCCUCUUGGUCGAGGAGUGGAAUAUCGACUCAAAUUGGUGGGCUGUUACGGUCGAGUUAGCGACCUUGAACUUAUUUUGUAUGUCAUGGACAAUGUUGUUGCGCUCAAGAAGAUCUUGAUCGAUCCUCGUGGAUUGACUCGGAGGGAAACUACAACCAUAGGGGCCUCCUUGAAAGCCAUAGAAGUGGCUCGAUCUUUUGCCAAGUGGGAGCUCGAGAAAUCAAUGCCUAAUGGUCGAGGGUUGGAGUUGGUUAUACUCUAA